AUGUUAAAAACAGUUUUAUAUCCCAAAGAUUUCGAUUCAGUCUCAGGUUGGAUACCCGAUGUUGGCGAUGGAAGUAUUUUAAAGGAACCGGUAAGAAAUCUUGCAAAUGAUGCCAAUUUAGCUAGAGUGAGAGUUGUUGCUCGAAACACAAUAGAAAGAGUAGGACGAGCAGCUAAUCAUGGAUUCGAAAAACGAGUACUUCAGUAUAAUAAUGUUGUUGAGAAUAACAGGUGGGGUAAUUACGUAAAUUGGAACUUAUAUCCUUUAUUCGGUCUGUUGGAACACAGAAAAGUUUCCAUAGGCUUACCAUAUAAAAUUCAUCUACAAAGAGAAAUCAACGACGAUAAGAUAUUCUUUGGAGAGAAUAGUUCAGAUGAAAAAUUAGAAAUAACGAAUCUCCAACUUUUCAAACCCGUAAUUACACCAUCAAUUGAAGUGGAAAUGAGAAUAUUCAACUCGUUAACUAAAGAUAUUGAAAUAGCUUUUCUUCAUCGUUUAACAUUAGGUAGCAUGACUUUAACGGGAGAAUCCUUUAGAGUGGCAAUGAACCAAACUCAAGAUCCUUUAAUCCAUAGAGUUCAAGUAAGAUUAAAUAACGAUAAUUAUCCUAACCAACCUUUAACAAUUAAUCCAACCACAAAGGAUUAUAAUGAAUUGUAUAGAAACGAUAAAAAUAUGUGUGAAUUAUUUGGAAAUCUACCUCAGUUCGAAUAUGUAGAUUUUGCACUUAAUCAUCCAAUCUUCUGUUUUGAUCUAUCAGCUCACCAAGAAGAUCUUUUCAAAACAGGAGUGAACAUAAAUAUUCAUAUUGAAAAAACACAAGGAGAUGUAACAGAAGCUGUUGAAACAGAUUCCCCUACUGUAAUAACUGUCAACGGUAAAAAAAUCAGUAUAACUAAAAAACUUAUUGAUAAAUACAAAUAUUGUAAAGUCAGAGACGAUAUGGAUUUAGAAAGAAUUGACGCAAACGCAAAAGAAGGUGGAUUUUUACCUCUCCUUCCUUUAAUAUUUGCUGGUAUUACCGCGGCGGGUGCAGCUACUGGAGGAAUAUUUGCCGCAGUCAAAGCUGACAACGCAAAGAAAGCUGAAGCCGCUGCAAACACCGAAGCACGUAGACACAAUUUAGCAAUGGAAAAGGAGGCAUGA